UCUCUAUACAUAAUACUCCCAUUUGCAGUUUCUUUGACUUUGCAAUUCCAGCUGCCACAGAAAUGCUCACAUCUCACCCAACACCCACCUCACUCCGGCGGCCGGAGCCCAUCUCCGGCGCCGGAAAACACCGCCUACUCACCGGAAAAUCAGCCAGUUUCCGGCCAAGGCUGGUGAGGGGUGGGGUAAGAGCAUUGAUCAGUAGUGGAGAUAGCAAGACUGGAGUGGAAAUAGCAGCUGAUCAGAAAUUUAUUGAGAACAAUGGAUCAGUGGUUUCAUCUUCAUCUUCUUUAAAUGUGAGAGCAGUGAUCACAAUAAGGAAGAAGAUGAAGGAAAAGCUUAUCGAAAAGUUUGAGGACCAAUGGGAAUCUUUCAUCAAUGGAAUCGGCAAAGGAAUCUUGAUUCAGCUCAUCAGUCAAGAUAUUAUUGAUCCUGUUACCAAAUCAGGGAAGAUUGCAGAGUCUUUUGUGAGGGGUUGGUUGCCGAAACUAUCCGGCAGCCCCAACGUCGUCCAGUACGGCGCUGACGUGGCGGUCCCGCAAGAUUUCGGGCAGCCGGGCGCGAUCCUCGUCACCAAUUUCCACGACAAGGAGUUCUUCUUGAUGGAGAUUGUUGUACAUGGUUUCAGCAAUGGCCCCAUAUUCUUUUGGGCAGACACUUGGAUUCAUUCGGUUAAAGAUAACCCUCAGUCGAGAAUCGUAUUCAAGAAUCAGGCAUCUCUUCCUUCUCAAACCCCACCCGGGAUCGAGAAUCUGCGCCACGAUGACCUGUCGCGCCUCCGUGGCGACGGGAAAGAAUCUAGGAAGCUGCACGAGAGAAUCUACGAUUACGACCUCUACAAUGACUUGGGCAAUCCCGAUAAAAACGAAGGCCUAGUCCGACCGGUGUUGGGAACCGACGAGAGGCCUUACCCUAGGAGAAUUCGUACCGGUAGACCUCCUACUAGAACAGAUCCCAACACGGAGACAAGAAUCGAGAAGCCGCACCCGGUUUAUGUUCCCCGAGAUGAAACGUUCGAGGAGGUUAAGCAGAACACGUUUUCGGCCGGACGUUUGAAAGCCGUGCUGCACAACUUGGUGCCGUUGAUCGCCGCGACUUUGUCGAAAUCCGAUAUUCCGUUCACGAAUUUCGCGGACAUAGAUAAUUUGUACAAGGAUGGUUUUCUGUUGAUAGACGAAGACCGUAAAGACGGCAGGAAGAACCAGAUUCUGACGAGUGCGAUGAAACAGAUGUUUACGGUCGGUGACAGGUUGCUCAAGUACGAUCUACCCGCCAUUAUUAAGCGUGAUAGAUUCGCAUGGCUGAGGGAUAACGAGUUCGCUCGUCAGAUGUUGGCCGGUGUCAACCCCGUGAACAUCGAGCUACUAAAGGAACUUCCGAUUGUAAGCGAAUUAGAUCCUGCAAUAUACGGUCCACCAGAGUCUGCAAUCACGAGGGAGUUAUUAGCGAAAGAGCUCAACGGGAUCAACGUCGAAGAGGCAAUUAAGGACAAGAAGCUGUUUAUACUAGACUACCACGACUUACUUCUGCCCUUCAUUGAGAAAAUGAACGCGUUGCCCGAUAGAAAAGCUUAUGCAUCAAGAACCGUAUUCUACUACGGCGAAAACGGUAUUCUCCGACCAAUCGUAAUCGAGCUUUCACUUCCUCCGACAGAUUCUUCUCCGAGGAACAAGUUUGUGUUCACACACGGCCACGACGCCACAACUCACUGGACAUGGAAGCUCGCUAAAGCUCAUGUCUGCUCGAACGAUGCUGGGGUCCACCAACUCGUCAACCACUGGCUGAAGACUCAUGCGUGUAUGGAGCCUUAUAUAAUCGCGACACAUAGGCAGCUAAGCUCGAUGCACCCGGUGUACAAACUACUACACCCGCACAUGCGGUACACGAUGGAAAUCAACGCGCUCGCGAGGCAGAGUUUGAUAAACGGAGGUGGGAUUAUCGAGGCAUGUUUCAGCCCCGGAAAGUACGCCAUGGAAGUAAGCUCCGCCGCCUAUAAGAGCUUGUGGCGGUUCGACAUGGAAUCACUACCUGCAGAUUUAAUUCGAAGGGGUGUGGGUGUUGAAGAUCCAUCGGUGCCAGGUGGAGUCAAGCUCGUGAUCGAAGACUACCCAUACGCAGCGGACGCACUUCUCGUAUGGUCCGCCAUUAAAGAGCUCGUGGAAUCAUACGUCGACCACUACUACUCCGAACCUAACUCCAUCUCAUCCGACCCUGAGCUCCAAGCCUGGUGGGACGAAAUCAAGAACGUGGGCCACCACGACAAGAGAAACGAGCCAUGGUGGCCUAAUCUCGAAACCCAAGACGACUUAUCGAAGAUACUCACAACCAUGAUAUGGACUGGCUCCGGUCAACACGCAGCCAUAAACUUCGGUCAAUACCCGUUCGGCGGUUACCCGCCAAACCGACCCACACUCAUGCGUAAAUUAAUCCCUCGUGUGGGCGAUCCGGAAUACGAGAAGUUUCUGCAGAACCCUGAGUUGACUUUCUUGACUUCUCUGCCAACUAAGCUACAGGCGACGAAAGUUAUGGCUGUGCAAGACACCCUGUCGACCCAUUCGGCUGACGAGGAGUACAUAAACCAGCUGCACCAUAUUCACAGGCUCGCUUUCAACGACUCGGAAGUUCAAAAACUGUUCGAGGAUUUCUCUGUUAAGUUGGAAGAGAUCGAAAGAAUUAUCCAUCAGAGAAAUAAAAAUGUCGAGCUGAAGAAUCGAAACGGGGCUGGUGUUCCUCCGUAUGAGUUGCUUUUACCUUCUUCUUCGCCCGGCGUGACGGGGCGUGGUAUUCCCAACAGCAUUUCCAUUUGA